GAGUUGAACGAGCCCUAAAAUUUAAACUGGAAGAAUCUUCUAUCGCAUCUAGGGCUUCCGGGUUUCUCGUGACCAUGGAUCUUUGCUCACGGGUUAACUUUUAUCCUCUCUUUAUAAGUGAUUUUGGGGGGACGUCACAGCUAUGGCUUCCUCUUGCCCUGGGGCCGCGACCGCGCAUUCCUGCUCUAGCCGGCCAACGCCAUGGCUGUGGGGAUUUCGAUCGAUGCCGCUGUCGCAGCACAAGAUUUCGGCCGCUGGAUCUGAUUCCACGGGAGCGGCAAUGACGGCGGUCACGAGCAAGGGGCCGCCAGUGCCGGAGGAGCUCAAUCGCGGCAUUGCCAGGUUCUACGAUUCCUCGUCUAGUGUGUGGGAGGAUGUGUGGGGCGAGCAUAUGCACCACGGAUUCUACGAUCCCGGGAAGCCGCUCAAAGGCGAUCACAGGGCGGCACAGGUGAGAAUGAUCGAGGAGGCCUUGGCGUGGGCCGGCAUUCCAGCUGACGAAGAGAAACCGAAGAAAAUUGUGGACGUUGGUUGUGGGAUUGGAGGCAGUGCUCGACAUUUGUCCAGGAAGUAUUCGGCAAUGGUCAGAGGGAUCACGCUUAGUCCCGUGCAAGCUCAAAGAGCAAACAAUAUCACAGCCGAAGCAGGACUUGGGGAAAAGGUGUCGUUUCAAGUCGCGGAUGCUUUGAACCAGCCGUUUCCAGACAACGAAUUUGAUCUCGUGUGGUCGAUGGAGAGCGGGGAGCAUAUGCCAGACAAGCGGAAAUUCAUGCAAGAAUUGGUGAGAGUGGCUGCUCCUGGUGGUCGUCUGCUAAUUGUUACAUGGUGCCACAGAGAUCUUUCUCCCGAAGAGUCGUCCCUCCGAAAAGAAGAGCAGGAGCUCUUGGACAAGAUUUGCAGCGCGUACUACUUACCAGCGUGGUGCUCGGCUUUCGACUAUGUGGAGCUUGCAAAAGAACUGCAGCUGGAGGAUGUUAGAGCCGAGGAUUGGUCCGUGUAUGUGAGUCCAUUCUGGCCGGCAGUGAUCGCUUCAGCACUCAACCCGAAAGCGCUUUUCGGCCUUCUAAGAUCAGGCUGGACAACAAUCCGAGGAGCCUUUGCAAUGACUUACAUGAUACAAGGCUACAAAAGCGGUCUUAUCAAAUUCGCAGUCAUUACUGGAAGAAAGCCUGUAGCGAGGUAAACUCCUCCGUUUUGCUCCUGCUAAUAUGAAUCCCCCUCUCCUCCAUCAUUCUUCU